AUUACAAUAAUAUGAGCUGUAUUCACUGUGCUAUACUUCCCUCCCUAUGACUAAAUUAUUUCCUAAUUUGAAGUUUGAGAUAAUUUGAAGGAUUAGGCAUGAAUAAAAGAUGAGGAGCUAGAGACAUUAAAUACAGCAAUUUUUUCAUGGGCUUUGCCACUGACAGGAGAUAAGCAGGAGUUGGUUGAAAGACAAUACUGAAUGGAGGGUUUAUGACUGUUUGAGGGACUUUAUCAGGGUUUGUGGCUGACCGAAAGGGAGUCACUAGAAUGGAUGAACAGGAAUAAAUAAGGGAGAAAAUGCUCUAAUAAGUUAAAGGAGUGAAGUCAUAGACCUAGCGGAGGAGCAAUAGUGAUCAGCUGAAUUUGAGUUUUCAAGGAGUUUGAAGAACACAAAUAAAUUAUCUGGAGUUGUCAUGACCUCUAACAUAUGACCCAUGACUUGCUUUUUGAUCCCAACUGUCUUUCAGGCAGGCUCCCUGUCACUCAUCAUGGGCUGUACCCCUAAUGCUUCACAUUCUCCAGUCUUCUUGCUCCGUGGCUUCUCAGGAGCUAGCGUCUCCUCGAGUCUCCUUUUUCUCCUGUUCCUGGCUGUCUACCUGAUGACCGUGGUGGGGAACAUGACCCUAGUGCUGCUCAUCUCCCGGGACCCCAGGCUCCACACGCCUAUGUACUAUCUGCUCCGUGGUCUCUCCGUGAUAGACAUGGGGGUGUCCACAGUCAUCCUGCCCCAGCUGCUGGCCCAUCUGGUCUCUAAUUCCCCAGCCAUUUCCGCUUCCCACUGCUUGGCCCAGUUCUUUUUCUUCUAUGCAUUUGGAGUCACGGAUACACUUGUUGUCUCUGUCAUGGCCGUGGAUCGCUAUGUGGCCAUCUGUGACCCUCUGCAUUACCAUUCUGUGAUGAGUCACCAAGUUUGUGCCCGCUUGCUGGCCUUGAGCUGGUCAGUGUCUGUAGUGCACACCAUGCUGCAUGUGGGCCUCCUCUUGCCUCUGAACUGGGCUGGGGAUGCUGAAGGCAACGUUAACCUCCCCCACUUCUUCUGUGACCACCGACCACUUCUGUGAGCCUCUUGCUCUGACAUACAUUCCAAUGAGCUGGCCAUAUUCAUGGAGGGCGGCUUCCUCAUGCUAGGCCCCUGCACCCUCAUUGUACUCUCCUACAUCCACAUUGGGGCUACCAUCGCUCGCUUGCCUUCAGCUGCUGGUCGCCGCCGAGCAGUCUCCACCUGCGGAUCCCACCUCACCAUGGUUGGCUUCCUCUAUGGCACCAUCAUUUGGGUCUACUUCCAGCCUCCUUCCCAGAACUCUCAGGAUCAGGACAUGGUGGCUGCCGUGAUGUACACUGCCAUUACCCCUUUGGCCAACCCUUUGGUGUACAGCCUCCGCAACAAGGAUGUCAAGCGUGCACUCCGCAGGCUGAUUGGAUGUGGGACAGUGGACUCCUGAGUAGCCUAUUGGUUCAAUGGUGAAAGAAGUGGGCAGAUUUGGGCACAACAGGUUUUGGAGGGAUGAGAGGCGGAAUGGCCAGAAAGUCUCAGAGCUCCAAAUUUGGCUCGUGUUGCAGCAGGACCCCCACAGCACUGUGAACAUUCCUUGUGCAUGCCACAUGUGCUAGGCUUCCUCAUCUGCAUGCUUCUGGGUUCCUCUCUCAGGCCAUUUAUCUUCAGGGGUCAGAGUGGGUACAAACGGGUCACUAGACCUGGGUUGUUUAAUUCCAGGGCUCUGAAGAAAUGUGAGAAUAUUAUUGUGAAAUCUGGAACUAAGGCAGAGACAGUGAAGUUAAUUACAGUCACAUUUAAUGUGAGAUGCCUGCUUAUGGGAUGAGUGUUGGUGUAAAUCACAAAGGUAGUGGAAGAGAAUGAGUUAGGUAAAUAGGGAUGGCCAUUUUGUACCUUCUCUUUUCAGUGUGCAAAGGCCAGCAGUGAGUGUGGAAUGGUGGCCAUGAUUCUGCUAUAACUCACCUGGACCUCUUGUGGUGUGAGCAUCUCAUUCUGAUGUGUGUGAACUGUAUUGUAUAUAUUUCAAAUUAGUUUUAAUUUACAUCUGCAAGUAAAAUAUAUAGAGAAAAUUACAGCUAAUAUUUUUCUGUGGAAAACAAGUAACAUUGAACUAUUUCAACAAGGGAGAAAACCAACAGACUGUGUUUAGCAUUUUGGGAUCUGGACAUUGGUCUCUAUUUGGUUAGCUCUUAAGAGAACUUACAGUAAAAGUUUUUAAACUUUUUUAUCGAGAUAAAAUUGACAUAUAACAUUGUUUAAUUUUAAGAUGUACAA